CCAUCCAAUUCAAGGGAGUCUCUGGCUUGUCCUCCUCCUCCUCCUCCUGGUCACCUUGAGUCCACUAUGUGGGUAGCGCCGGGAGAUUUAAACGGUCUCAAGGGACAAAUCGUGAAGCUGCUUGAGCUUUCAGGUGGGUGUAUUCCUCUCAUGCGUAUUCCUUCUGAAUACCAAAGGAACUUCAGCAAACCUUUGUUUGUAUCGGACUAUGGUGUGUCUAAGCUUGUGGAUCUGUUCAAAAAGAUGGGGGAUGUGAUUGCAGUGGAUGGUAAAGGCAACAAGAGAUUUGUUUAUCUGCUCAGCGCCAAGCCGAGCGUCAUCUCUCCCUCUUCCCCUGUGGUUCUGCUGAGAAGAGAGAAGAAAGGGAAAGAGCCAAACGAGGAGACUACUUAUGGAAGAGUCUCCUCUGAUGAAUUGUCAGACACGGGCUCGGUUGAGAGCGAGAGGAAUCUGGAAGAGUUCAAACUCGAGCUACAGGACAUUUUGGUGAGCUAUUGUUGUCGGGUACAGAUGGAUUGUUUUGAGGCGAUAUACAAGCUAAG